AUGAGCACUAGAUUUAUUAUAUUGAUUGCGCUGUAUAUAUUGGUGUUAGCGGCAUGUGAAGAUCCAAAUCCGUAUUUAGAAGCCCUGCAACAAAGACCUUGGAAAAGUGUUCACAGAUAUGUCGAGGUACGGCCUGGUGCUUUUCUAUUUUACUGGCUGUAUUAUGCCGAUGGAACUAAGACUGACGCGGCGACGAAACCCUUGAUAAUUUGGAUUCAAGGCGGGCCAGGGAAUGCUGCUAGUGGAAUUGGGAAUUUUUGCGAAUUGGGGCCUUUCAAUAAAGAUAUGACACCGCGGAAUCACACUUGGGUCAAAGGCAGGAACGUGCUAUUAAUAGAUCAUCCCGUUGGGACUGGCUUCAGCUAUGCUGUCAAUAAAUCGUUAUAUGUAACGAGUGAUAAAGACGCGGCAAAGGAUCUCUUACGAUUUACUAAAGCAUUCUUUAAGAUCCAUAAAGAGUUCACUAAUACGCCAACGUACAUUAUUGGUCAGAGCUACGGUGGAAAAAUAACAGCGAGAUUAGGAUAUUUUCUACAUAUGGCAAUAAAGAGAAAACAUUUGAAAAUGAAUUUCAAGGGUAUAGGAAUUGGUGGUGGAUGGAUUGAUACUAAGGAAAGUAACAUACAGCAACCACGCUUCCUGUAUGAUAUGGGCAUAAUAGAUAUUAGGACAUACAAAACGGUUACGAAAAUUGCGAAAAACAUCAGCAACUUGAUAAAUACGAGACACUUUUUUACGGCAAAUCAGCUCGACAAUAUUAUGUUCACUGCGAUUAUUGAAGAUACAGAGCAAAAUAUAAACUUGGAAAAUGUCAAUCAACCGAGUUACGACGCCGCACUGCAAAAAUUAAACCACGAUAUGAACGCGUUCGUUAAGCCAACUUUGAACGUAAACCAGAGUAUUAACUGGGUGCAUUUAUCGUUCGACGCGUAUUAUAGUCUUAUAAAUAGUUUUGUUGUGCCUGGAAUCAAGUUCUUAGAAAUCUUAUUAAACAAUACGAAUUUGAAAGUUGUCGUUUAUAAUGGGAACUUGGAUGCAGUCACGCCCUUGUGUGGUGCAUCUAAUUGGGUUCACAAUUUAAAAUGGCACGGAGCAGAACAGUUUAUGAACGCAAAAAGGCUGCCCAUCCGUGGAGAAUGGAACGGUUUUUACAAAACGUUUGGGACCUAA